ACCACAACACGUCUGCAGCAUCAUGAGUAACUAACUCCACGAAUGCCAGAUACGAGCCAAGAAUCGGCUUCCGUACCAUCCAAAAGAUGAUCAAUGGAGUUCCUCCCGAUGGCCGAAUGCGCACCUGGGGAGCCUUCAGCGCCUAUCGUGUCGCCUGUUUCCCUAGACACACGGCACCAUUUUCUCAAGACUUCUUGUCGAAAAGCCAUCAACUGUGGGCAUUGUAUCAAGACCUAUGGAAGCAAAGUCCAACCUGUUUAACCCUUAUGUUACUGUUGGACCGGCUACCGCCACACAUUCAAGUAACAAAGAUUGUAUGCUUUGGUCUUGGCGCGCUCUUGCCAAAUGUCUGUCGGACGUGUCAGGACUGCCAGCGUAGUCCUGAUUGCCAGGCACAUAGGUCAAUAAGGUCGAGGACUUUUACACAACAUGCCGCUGCUGUCAGCAUGAUGCAAAAGUUGCGUCAGCAAACUCCCCAUCUAGCAUUCUACUCACAGGAGCCAGAAUAUUCUCCAGAAUGCAGAGUUAUUUUAAAUCAAAUGGGCAUCCGUGUUCUUGAUGGACACAGGGGUUUCCUCGAAGUUGACGACAAGACACUUGUUUUUUCGAUCAAACCGGCCGUUCCCGUCAAGCAAAUCAUCACUGAGUUGGCAAGGCCAGCGAUGAUAAUCUGGGAUGCUUUGGGUGGUGAUGAGAGGAACGAUGAUGAAAGGGACCCAGACAAGUGGCAGUUGCUGACUCAAAAUAGUAGUCGAUUGUGGCACAGUCCCUUUGGAGUCGACCCUGAUUCAUCACGGACGAGGAAAAUGUUGGGCGAGGAAUACGUCGCGUGUCCGUUUCUCGGAGACAGGCUGAACUUUGGACAGCUCGAUAUCCAUAUACGACGGUCAGCCAUUGACAUACUGGGUGGUAAUGCUCCCCAGACGCCCUCCUCCGAGAUUUCAUCUGCUCUACCUUGAGUGAACGACGCUCGUCGAAGCAUAAAAGAAGCA